AUGGAUUGUAUCUUCUGUCGGAUAGUGAAAGGUGAAGUGGGGAACAAGGUUUAUGAGGAUAGUUUGUUUAUUGCUGUCAUGGAUGUUAAUCCGAUUUCUCGAGGACAUAUGUUAGUUGUGCCAAAAGAGCAUGCUGAGCAAUUAACAGAUCUUUCUGAUGCUUAUCUAGGUGGUGCCUUGCUAGUUAUUAAGCAGAUCGUAUCUAAGGUGGGAACAAUUGACCAGUACAACAUCUUACAAAAUAACGGACAUCUGCAAAGUGUUAAACACGUUCAUUUUCAUAUCAUUCCUUGGAAUGCCGAGGAUGAAGAAGGUCUUUUAGUUAACUGGACAAGGUCGCGAGUUUCAGCUGAAGAAAUUCGACUGCUGGGUGAUAGUAUUAAGCAGACCUUCCAGGAUAAAUAA